CCGAGCGGAGCGUUUUCGUGUCAUUUCGUUAUUAUUGUCCGAUGCCAAUCCUAAUCUGAAAGAUGGCUAUUCUUGCUUACUGUUGUAUUAUUCUCUUGUUUAUUUGUUUUAUCUUGUUUACUAAUGAAGCAAGUCCAAGUUCUUUAAAACCGUGUACCUUUAGUAACUUUGAACGAAUAAUUCUACCGUGUAAUAUAACUGAAAAGAAACGGAAAGCUGUUUAUUAUAUGAACGAAGAAUGUGAUUUGAAGCAUAGUGACAGUAUUACUCCUCCUAAACCUAUCAAUGACUUGCUUUGCAAUUGUGAUGCAGGUUAUGGACAAACAAGCAAUGCUGUAGUUAACAUUACUUGUGUGAAGUGUAAACCAGGACAAUUUAAUCAUGGCGGAGAGAUUCUAUCAGAUUUUACAAACUGGAGUGACAGUUCUGGAAAACUUGGCUUAACUUAUAGGGCUUACUCUUACUGCAGUGAUUUUUUAUCAAAAAAACAGUGUGAAUCAUGGGGAGCUGGAGGUAAUGGUGAAUAUUUGGUAUCUGGAGACAUUAAAAACACUACUGACAUACGCUGCUUCGAACAAUCAUACUUAGUUCUUAACAGGCAAUUUUCUGGUUUGCCUGGAAACAACAAAAUUUCAUUUCUUUAUAGAGUUGAUGGAAGGGAAUGCGAUAUUGACCAUGUAAAUUAUUGUACAAACGGGUUGUUUUUUUAUGUGAACGGAAUACAAAAAAUGCAUAGCGACUAUCAGUUCCAGUGGAAAGAGUUUACUACUGAAGUUGAUCCCGGUCCUGUACAAUUUAAGUUUCUUUAUCAGCGAAGUUGUUCAAAAGCAGCUAUCUCAGAUGUUGCCUUCAUCAAACAUUUAUCAAUGGUUGGUUCAUUUUCAACAGAAAGUAAGUGCUCAGAAUGUCCUGCUGGAUCAUAUUCUUCCCUUGAUGGAGCAACAGAAUGUCUGAAAUGCAACCAAAAUUACUAUCAAGAUAAAAUAGGUCAAUCACAAUGUAUUCCUUGUCCUAAAGGUGAAUUUUCUGGUAUUGGAGCAAUCAGUUGUUUUAAGCUUCCUGAUUGCACUCAGAAAGAUUUUUAUCUUUUGCCUGACAGCGUUGCAAAAUGUAAAAAAAACAGCAGUGGUUCAUGGUUAAGAAAUCAAUCUAUAUACGUUCCAAAGUGGCCAAAUGUCUCAGACACUUUAUGUAAUGUAUUAACAAAUGCUUCUGAUCAAUACAAGCGACCUGAUAAUCCACAAAUAAUGUGCUAUUGCCAACCUGGAUAUUUCUUAGAUGUUUCUGGACCUAUUCCCAAAUGUACUAUUUGCAAACUUGGGUUAUACUCUGAUGGUAUACAAACUGAGUGCAUGCCUUGUAAAUCUGGAUAUGCUGCAUUACGUGGUUUAUACAUGGAUCAUUUUCCAGAAGGCCCGUUACCUAAUGUUUUCAAGCAGUCUUGCAGUGGAGAGUUUUGUAAGGAUGAAGAACUAAUCUGGGAACCACGUGGGAAUUACAUUGCAACACGUCGUUUACCUGGAUCAUUUGAAACUAUAUUAGAAGUCAUUGGUGUUGAAAUUGAUUAUUUUAAUCCUGUUUUGACCUUUAGCUGCUCAGUAGACUGUCGUUUAAAUUCAAAUGAUUCUAAAUUAGCAAAGCUCAGUCAUUGUUACCUAAAGUAUUAUGUUUUAAAAGAUGGGCAGCCGUAUUUUGAUGGAGAUUGUGUUGAUAAAUAUAGCAGUCAUUUGAGAAAUGGUACAAUUUUUACUCAUCAACAUAAUUUAACUUUCCCUGGAAAUUAUUCAUUCAGGUUUUUUUUCCAUCACGAAGAUGAAGGUAAAUUCUCCUUAAUAAGCUUUGAAGCUCGUAUUUAUUAUGUUGAUUUACUUGGUGUUAAAUAUGGUUCGGCUAAGCAAUGUACUGAAUGCCCAGCUGGUACAGUUGUUUCUAUGGAUCAAUCAACUUGUGAAAAAUGUCCUAAUGGAACAUUUAGUAGAAAAGGCUCAACAAAGUGUACUCCUUGUCCAUUAGGGACAUUCGCUUCUGAGGUUGGAAGUGAGUCAUGCAUUAUGUGUGGCAAUGGGACAACUUCAAAUGCAAGACGUGAUGACUGUGAAUUUAAUGGUUGUAUUUUUUCUCCUGAAAAAGAUUUAAAUUUCGAUCUCUCACCACUUAUUAGUGAUGGUGGACCAAUGUAUGAAGUGAAAACAUAUCGCACAAAUUCCUACUUAACACAGUUGUUUUACAUUAACAUUUGUUCUAAAAAACACGACAAUACCUCUUGUGCUGUAAAUUCUGUAGAAACAGAUCCAAUUACUAAUACAAAUUUUCCGACACAGAAACUAUUGAAAACAAUGGCAUGCAAGAGGUAUUAUUUUGAUAAAAUGAACAGUUAUUCUAUUGGAGAAGUGUUGAGUUUUGAAGCAUUAGAAGGUGAAAAAAAGCGUAGUGGCCUAAAGAUAACUCUUACUGGUGGCCAAUCUUGCUGGAAUAAAUGGAGAAGAUAUAUCUCUCCUCAGACUACCAUCUUGAUGAUAUGCGAUCUUGAAGCUGGAGAAAAUCGUCCAGAACCAUUAAAUAAUUUUACAGCAAUUGAUGAUCGUAAUUGUAUCUAUGAAUUCAUGUGGAAAACACUGUAUGCUUGUCCUUUAUGCACUCAAGAUGACUAUUCAGAAGUUUUUUCUGAGUGCAAAAAUGGCUAUCAAUACAAAACAAAGACUAAGAAAAAUAAAUGUCGAACAGCAGUUGGUGAAAAAGAAUAUUCUUUAGAACGUUUUCCUUGCAAUUUAAUAGCUACUAGCAUAUCGUCAAAAAGUCCAAAGUUUACAACAUUGGUGAUAACAAUUUUAAUUGCUAUUACUUUGAUUAUUGCUCUACUAAUCAUUCUGAUCUAUCUUAUCCGAAGAAAUCGUCACCUUCGUUCCAACUUAUUUGCACCUGGUCAGUCAUUUUCAAAAGUACAACAUGAAGAUGAAGAUGAGCUGGUUGAUAACAUGCAAACUUAAAUUUUUAUUGAAAUCAAAGAAAUUUGAGUUCAAUGAUUUUUUACUUUUUAUAACUGUUUUAUAGUUUUAUAUUUGGCAGAUAUCUUGCCUGUCAAGUAGUUUUCAGUAUUUUGAAAUUUCUUUAUUUUGGUGUUAUUUGUGAUUAUAUAUAGACAUAGUACCCCUGGAAUGGUACCCCUGGAAAUUUGACGUCUUCGGAAACUUAAACACUAAAUAUUAUAUUGAUGUAACAGUUGUAAUUUGUGGGUACAAAGUACUUUUUUUUAA